UAUUCAUACAGGACACUACCAUGGACUAGAGUAGGUGUCUUUAUACAUACAGGACACUACCAUGGACUAGAGUAGGUGUCUUUACACAUACAGGACACUACCAUGGACUAUACAUACAGGACCCUACCAUGGACUAUACAUACAGGAACCUACCAUGGACUAGAGUAGGUGUCUUCAUACAUACAGGACACUACCAUGGACUAUACAUACAGGACCCUACCAUGGACUAUACAUACAGGACACUACCAUGGACUAUACAGACAGGACACUACCAUGGACUAUACAUACAGGACACUACCAUGGACUAGAGUAGGUGUCUUCAUACAUACAGGACACUACCAUGGACUAUACAUACAGGACACUACCAUGGACUAUACAUACAGGACACUACCAUGGACUAGAGUAGGUGUCUUCAUUCAUACAGGACACUACCAUGGACUAUACAUACAGGACACUACCAUGGACUAUACAUACAGGACACUACCAUGGACUAGAGUAGGUGUCUUUAUACAUACAGGACACUACCAUGGACUAUACAUACAGGACCCUACCAUGGACUAUACAUACAGGACCCUACCAUGGACUAUACAUACAGGACACUACCAUGGACUAUACAUACAGGACACUACCAUGGACUAUACAUACAGGACACUACCAUGGACUAGAGUAGGUGUCUUUAUUCAUACAGGACACUACCAUGGACUAUACAUACAGGAACCUACCAUGGACUAUACAUACAGGAACCUACCAUGGACUAUACAUACAGGACACUACCAUGGACUAUACAUACAGGAACCUACCAUGGACUAUACAUACAGGACACUACCAUGGACUAGAGUAGGUGUCUUUAUUCAUACAGGACACUACCAUGGACUAUACAUACAGGAACCUACCAUGGACUAUACAUACAGGAACCUACCAUGGACUAUACAUACAGGACACUACCAUGGACUAUACAUACAGGAACCUACCAUGGACUAUACAUACAGGACACUACCAUGGACUAGAGUAGGUGUCUUUAUUCAUACAGGACACUACCAUGGACUAUACAUACAGGAACCUACCAUGGACUAUACAUACAGGAACCUACCAUGGACUAUACAUACAGGACACUACCAUGGACUAUACAUACAGGAACCUACCAUGGACUAUACAUACAGGACACUACCAUGGACUAUACAUACAGGACACUACCAUGGACUAUACAUACAGGACACUACCAUGGACUAUACAUACAGGACACUACCAUGGACUAGAGUAGGUGUCUUCAUACAUACAGGACACUACCAUGGACUAUACAUACAGGACACUACCAUGGACUAUACAUACAGGACACUACCAUGGACUAUACAUACACCACUACCAUAGGUUAAUCUUUAUUUU